CGGGGGCCGAGCGGGCCGGGCCCGGGGCCGGUGGCGGCGGGCGGCCCUGCCAUGGCUCACUUCGAGACGCAGUACCAGCGCCUGGAGAGCUCCUCCACCGAGUCCCCGCCCGGCGGCGGCGACCUGCUCGUCCACGUCCCCGAGGGCACCAAGUCUCCUUGGCAUCACAUCGAGAACCUAGACCUCUUCUUCUCUCGCGUCUAUAACCUUCAUCAGAAGAAUGGCUUCACUUGCAUGCUCAUCGGAGAGAUCUUUGAGCUCAUGCAGUUCAUCUUUGUGGUGGCAUUCACCACCUUUCUUAUCAGCUGUGUGGAUUACGACAUCCUCUUUGCCAACAAAGCAGUAAAUCACAGCCAGCAUCCCAGUGAACCCAUUAAGGUGACUCUGCCAGAUGCUUUCCUGCCUCCAAAUGUCUGCAGUGCAAGAAUCCAGGCAAACAGCUUCCUCAUCUGCAUCCUGGUGAUAGCUGGGGUUUUCUGGAUCCACCGACUCGUCAAAUUUAUCUACAACAUUUGCUGCUACUGGGAGAUUCACUCUUUCUACAUCAAUGCCCUGAAAAUCCCGAUGUCCACCCUGCCGUACUACACCUGGCAGGAGGUGCAGGCGCGCAUCGUGCAGAUCCAGAAGGAGCACCAGAUCUGCAUCCACAAGAAGGAGCUGACGGAGCUGGACAUCUACCACCGCAUCCUCCGCUUCAAGAACUACAUGGUGGCCAUGGUGAACAAGUCGCUGCUGCCCAUCCGCUUCCGCCUGCCCCUGCUGGGAGACACCGUCUUCUACACGCGGGGGCUCAAGUACAACUUUGAGCUCAUCUUCUUCUGGGGGCCCGGUUCCCUUUUUGAGAACGAGUGGAGCCUGAAGGCCGAGUACAAGCGGGCUGGGAACCGCCUAGAGCUGGCUGAGAAGCUCAGCACUCGCAUCCUCUGGAUUGGCAUUGCUAACUUCCUCCUCUGCCCCCUCAUCCUCAUCUGGCAGAUCCUCUACGCCUUCUUCAGCUACACAGAGAUCCUGAAGCGGGAGCCGGGCAGCUUGGGUGCCCGCUGCUGGUCUCUCUACGGCCGCUGUUACCUCCGUCACUUCAAUGAGCUGGACCACGAACUGCACUCGCGCCUCAGCAAAGGGUACAAGCCAGCUUCCAAGUACAUGAACUGCUUUAUCUCCCCGCUCCUCACCAUUGUGGCCAAGAACGUGGCCUUCUUUGCUGGCUCCAUCCUGGCUGUGCUCAUCGCUCUCACCAUCUAUGAUGAGGAUGUGCUGGCAGUCGAGCACGUCCUGACCACGGUCACCCUGCUUGGGGUGGGCAUCACGGUGUGCAGGUCUUUCAUCCCCGACCAGCACCUGGUGUUUUGCCCAGAACAGCUGCUGCGAGUCAUCCUGGCGCACAUCCACUACAUGCCUGACCACUGGCAGGGCAAUGCCCACCGCUAUGAGACCAGGGAUGAGUUUGCCCAGCUCUUCCAGUACAAAGCGGUCUUCAUCCUGGAGGAGCUCCUGAGUCCCAUCAUUACCCCCCUGAUCCUCAUUGUCUGCCUGCGGCCCAAGUCCUUGGACAUCGUGGACUUCUUCCGCAACUUCACCGUGGAGGUGGUGGGUGUGGGUGACACCUGCUCCUUUGCCCAGAUGGACGUGCGCCAGCAUGGCCACCCGGCGUGGAUGUCAGCAGGAAAGACGGAGGCCUCCAUUUACCAGCAGGCUGAGGACGGCAAGACGGAGCUGUCCCUCAUGCACUUUGCCAUCACCAACCCCAAGUGGCAGCCACCCCGCGAGAGCACGGCCUUCAUCGGCUUCCUGAAGGAGCGGGUGCACCGGGACAGCAGCGUGGCGCUGGCUCAGCAGGCUGUGCUCCCUGAAAAUGCCCUCUUCAGCUCCAUCCAGUCCCUGCAGUCAGAGUCAGAGCCUCACAGCCUCAUUGCCAAUGUGAUAGCGGGCUCCUCGGCACUGGGCUUCCACAUGGGCCGGGAAGGCCAGGCCUCCCGCCACCUCUCCGAAGUGGCCUCGGCCCUGCGUUCCUUCUCCCCGCUCCAGUCUGCCCAGCAGCCUCCUGGCGGCUUCCAGACAGCGGGAAGGGAUGGCGAGGGAGCCCACCCUCGUGGCGUCAUUGCCAUGACAGCCUCUGGUGCCGAUGCGAGGACCGUGAGCUCGGGGAGCAGCGCCUGGGAGGGUCAGCUGCAGAGCAUGAUCCUGUCAGAGUAUGCCUCCACUGAGAUGAGUCUGCACGCACUCUACAUGCACGAGUUGCACAAGCAGCACGCUCAGCUGGAGCCCGAGCGUCACACUUGGCACCGGCGUGAGAGCGACGAGAGCGGGGAGAGUGCCCACGAGGAGCUGGAUGCUCAGCGGGGUGCCCCCGUCCCCAUCCCUCGCUCUGCCAGCUACCCCUUCUCCUCAUCGCGGCAGCCCGCUGAGGAGACAGCCACACUGCAGACUGGCUUCCAGCGGCGAUAUGGUGGCAUCACAGACCCAGGCACAGUACACAGAGCCCCAUCACACUUCUCCCGCCUCCCUCUGGGAGGCUGGGCUGAGGACGGGCAGUCAGCGAGACACCCGGAGCCUGUGCCAGAGGAGAGCUCAGAGGAUGAGCUUCCACCACAGAUCCACAAGGUGCCACAGUCCCUCUCUGUCUUGCAGGUAUAGCCUUGUAGACUGGGGAUCUGAUGGGGAUUGCAGACUGGGAGCCGCCUGGGCAGCAGGAUGUGGCGUCAGCCUGAUGCUUCUCCUGACCUGAGUGGACAGGAUAGUCCCGGGCUCUGUUUUGUUGCCAUCAGUUGCCGAAGAAACAAAACUGCCAGGCCAGCAGCUUUGUGGCGGCACCUCGUGUCCAGCCAUGCGUCAAGUCAACGCCACUCUGACUCUUGUGGGGUGAAUGUGUGUGUGAGUUCAUACCCGUGUCUGUGGUCACAUCUGUGUUGUCUGUGUCGGAGGAUCGCUGCAAAAGCUGGCGUGACAGGACUAGCAGUGGGGAGCUGUGGACUGGCUUGGAGGUGGCAGCAGCUGUUCCAAGGGAUGUGAGAUGGCUCCAGCUCCAGAUAUCCACCCAGAGCUGGGACCGGCCUGCAAAAUGAAGGCAGGAGCUGUUGAAGGGGGUCUUACUCAGCCUGCAGCCCCAAGGAGGUGCCCAGGACUGUGUUCGCCCUCCCAGAGAGGAGCAGGACAGCAGUGGGGUAGUCACCCACCCCUCUGCCCCAGCAUCCUGCAGAGGGAUGAGCUCUGGCUGCUGCUGGUGUGGAUAGGGGUGGGAUCUAGAGCUGGUGGGAAUAGCUCUGGCUGGGAUCCAGGGAUGCUGCAGCUCUUCCCCAACUCCCACAACAGCUGGCCCAUCCCCUGCACACAAGGAAGGGUCAGCGGGGUGAAAGUCCUAUGUCGCUGACAUUCCUCCAGCCGUAUCUCUGGGCUAGGGCAGCAGAUUCCUCCCCAGUGCGUGGCACUAGUGGGAUGCAGGCUGCCAGCAGGCCCUCCUGCAGUGCCAAAGAGACCCUCGCACAGGGCAGCCUGGCGUCUCCCACCCUGAAGGCCUUGUGCUCUGUGUAUUGGUUCCCUUCCCAGGCACACUAAAGGCCUUUGCUCUAUGACCAGGCUGUGGUGUGUAGAUCUGUCCUCCCAAUGCAGCCACUUCAGUGUUUCACAUCUCACCUGGUGGCUCCUAGCUCCUCCUUCCCUCCUGAAACCAUCCUUUUGCUUGCAACAUGGCUUCGGCUGCUGUGGAGACUGUAUCAAGCAGGUGGCUGGUAUCUGGUGGGGCAAGGAGGGGUCCCCUGAACCCAGGAGGGGAUAGCAAACCCCAGCCCAGCCUUGGGGUGGCUGAGGAGGGGAUCAGGAUCCCAGCUGUGCAGCAUGGCCUUGGACAAGACCUUCCCGCCAUCGUUGGGGUUUCCCUCCCUUACAGUGACAGCUUGUGAGGAUCUGCAUCCCGACUAAUCCCUGCCAGGCUUUGCUUUUCCCUCCCUUCCUUUUCUCCUUGCCUCGGGCAAGGGCUGCUUGCUUUUGCCAUGCCCUCUGCGGGCACUGCAGGCUCUUCCCUGCUCUCCCUGGAGGCCAGGGCCACCUCUCUUUUCCCUGCCAGGAUUUUUGCCCUCUGCCCUUUGAGCCUGUGCAGGGUGGUGCUGCCGAGCUGCUGGCGCCCGAGGAUACGUGUACCUGGGUGCACAGGGCAUAAGCCAGGGUGUACAUGGGACAGGCUCUUUGGAGGUGGCGAGCUGCUUGCUGCAAUGGGGAGACACAGACCAGAGCUGCUAUUGCUCUGGUGUCUGUAAGUCCAAACGGAGUGUGCUAAAGCAGAGCUUGGGGGGGACCUGCUCUUUGCUGCUGUGGUCAGGUCUGAGCUGAGCAGGGAGUCUGUGCACCUGGGUGCUGCUGAGGUCCUCCCACAGAGGAGCAGCUGUGACUUGGCACUGUCAUGGCAGAGUGAAAGGAAACUGAAAGCAAAUCUCCUGGGAACAUCAAGCUUUUCCGUGGCUUCCCCUACCCCCAGGCUGCUGCCCUGCAUGGAGCUGAGCCUCCCCGGGGCUGCAGGACCCUGCAGCAGGGUCUCUGCACUGAGCGGCUGAAGGCCGGCAGUGCCCAGGGCGGGGGGGGGGGGAGUCUGGGCCUCUCCCUGGGCUGGCAGGAGGGAGCGGCCGGGUGGGAGCAGGCCAGAGUCCUUGCCGCAUGUUGUGCUUGUGUCGUCGGUGUCCCACGUGCAUGGCGAGCCGCUCUCUCUCCCCUCCUCCCGGGGCGUGUGGGGCCCUGGGGCGCGCGGUACCGCACCCCCCGCGCCCUCGCUGUACAGCUGUAUAGCCGUCUAAUAAAGAUGGGGUGUAUCAUC